CUGUUACUGAUGGAAUUAGUAAACAAACCGCGCAGCGACGACCGAAGUAAAAACACCAUGUGCAAUGGUUCGUAGGAUUAAAAUACAAAAAUCAAUUGUAUUUCUUUAGUUUGUGCUUUAUACAACACAUCGAAAUCAAUGUCACAGGACGCUAGUGCAGAAUCCAUCUCAUCACCGGAGAUGUCGCACUACCAAGUUCUGAAUGUUGCGUCCGACGCAACACUGGAUGAAAUACGCCGCUCCUAUCAAACGUUGGCCCUUCGGUUUCACCCGGACAAAGUGAAUCGCCAAGGGUCAUCAACCGUCCAGCAAAGCGACCAAUUGACUGGAUUGGCAGAUAAUUUCAUAAGGAUCGACGAAGCGUGGAAGGUGUUGAGAGACGAAGAGACCAGACGGGUGUACGAUGCGGAGCUCAUGCAACGGACUUGUCGUGAUGAGUACUUUGUGAACGAGGUACUUCGAAGGGCUGAUUUCAAAUAUAAUCAGGAGGAAGAUUUAUAUUAUUAUACUUGUCGGUGCGGGGGAUCAUAUGUGCUUCCAGAAGAAAUAGUUGAGCAUGAGAACUGUUACAUUGCAUGCGACGAGUGUUCGUUGCUAGUUGAAGUGGAAGUUGAAUAAACGGUUUUCAUAACUGGUAAUCUAAGAUUUUUACGAUUGCUGAACUCAUAUAUUUAUUAUUACUCCCAAAAAAUAAAUGAAAUUAAAACGUAAACGUAA